AUGUACACGAACUGUGCCAAUCUCCACGAAAUUUCGCAAUUCUGCCUCGCUCAAGAUACGCUAUUUCUCACAUUUCUCUUCAACUUUUUGCUCACAAAUGGUCGACGAGCGGCGAUGAUCUGCUGGCUCUUGGGCGUGUUGUCGGCCUGGCCCCUCCUUCCGAUCGAUGCCGACGACGGCGCUUAUACACGGACAGCGGCCGACGGCAGUUGCAGUGUAACGCGCACAAUGACAGAGGUCGGCGGUUCGUACAAGGAUUCCCUUACCCAGGAGCAAAAAGAUGAGCUGAGAGACAUCGCCCAGAAGAUCGUCGCCGAUGGGAAGGGUAUCCUCGCUGCCGAUGAAUCGACUGGUACUAUCGGAAAGAGACUCGCUGCCGUGAAUCUAGAGAAUAAUGAAACUAACAGGCAAAAAUACAGGCAGCUGUUGUUCACCACUCCCAACAUUGGAGAGCACAUCUCUGGAGCAAUUCUUUUCGAAGAGACUUUCAACCAGUCGAGCACUGAUGGUGUACGAUUCGUGGAGAUCCUGAAGAAGGCUGGUGUGAUCCCCGGCAUCAAGGUUGAUCUCGGAGUUGUCCCGCUUGCUGGAACGAUCGGUGAGACGACUACCCAAGGUCUGGACAACCUCGCCCAAAGAGCUGCUCAUUUCAAGAAGGGAGGAUGUGGCUUUGCCAAAUGGCGUUGUGUGUUAAACAUUGGACCUCACACCCCAUCUCACCUUGGUAUGCUUGAGAAUGCCAACGUUCUAGCCAGAUACGCUACCAUCUGCCAAGCCAAUGGACUCGUCCCAAUUGUCGAGCCAGAGGUUUUGUGCGAUGGAGACCACGAUAUCGACAGAGCACAAAAGGUCACGGAACAAGUGCUUGCUUUCGUUUACAAAGCACUUGCUGACCAUCAUGUAUACUUGGAAGGAACUCUUCUCAAGCCCAACAUGGUCACUCCAGGGCAAAGCUGCCCCAAGAAGGCAACCCCCGAAGAAGUUGGCUUGGCCACUGUCACCGCUCUCCGCCGUACUGUCCCAGCUGCUGUUCCCGGAAUUACUUUCCUCUCUGGUGGUCAAUCAGAAAUUGAUGCUACCUCUAAUCUCAACGCUAUUAACAAAGUGAACUUGCUGAAGCCAUGGAAACUCACCUUCUCAUACGGACGCGCUUUGCAAGCUUCCGUGUUGAAGGCAUGGCAAGGAAAGGACGAGAACAUUGAAGCAGCCCAGAAAGUGUUCCUUCAUAGAGCUCAGGCCAAUGGAAUGGCUGCGCUUGGAAAGUACGAAGGAGAGGACGCUGCCGGAGCCGCCGCUGAAUCUCUUUUCGUCGCGAAACACGCCUACUAAUUCAUCUCACCCUAUAUCCCAGCCGGACGUUGUGCGCAUCUCCACAAUACUUUUUAGCUUGAAACAAUAAUGUAUCACUAGUUA